GAUUGGCACACGCUUUCCUUUCCUGCAGACAAGCUGUAAAUCUCGCCGAGCUCGUCGUCGGAGACCAAGGAGAAGAGCAAGGGGGGGCGCAGAGGCAGAGGCUUGCCAGCCUACCUAGCUCGUCGGGGCCCUAUGGAGAUCCAGCACCACCGGGGGCUGGGCAACUCCAAGGUUGUGAAGGUGCAGAGCGAGGAGGCGUGGGAUCUGUUCACUGAUCAAGCGAGCAACGAGGGCCGGCCCGUUGUUGCCCAUUUCGGGGCGUCAUGGUGCGUGACGUCCCUGUCCAUGAACUACAAGUUUGAGGAGCUAGCGCAGACCCACCCCGAGGUCUUGUUCCUCUACGUGGACGUCGACGAUGUCCAGAGUGUUUCAUCCAGGUACGGAGUGAAGGCCAUGCCGACGUUCUUCCUCAUCAAGAGCAAGGAGGUGGUGGGGAAGAUCGUCGGGGCGAACCCAGACGAGGUGAAGAAGCUGGUGGAUGCUUCCGCCGAACCCUUGGAGACUCAGAUAGUCGUGGAGUAGUAGUCGUUUCAGACUUUUUUUUUUUUUGAAGAGUCGUUCGUGUCUUCCGAAACUGCUUCGGGAGACUGUGCGACCGUGAGUGCUUCUUGGUCAGGGUCUGGAUCGUCCCGGACUGUCCAGUGUCGCCCGUGUGCGUGUGCGUGUGCGUGUGAUGGGUUUCUGUCGCUUUGUAGCAGUAGUAGCACGAAAAAUUUGCUAUUUUAGCCUUUUUAACGUGGGCUAAAUGUUAUUAUGUGACCCUCUGUCUAUGACUUGUGGGACCAUCUGUGUCUAUGAUUUGUGGGUCUGAAUCUAAAAUAGAGAAGUUCACAACUGAGAGUGACAAAAUAGCAAAUUCAGCCUUUGCCUGUUGGGCUGGUAGUGGUACUGCUAGUGCCAGGUGCUGGCUGACUGUAGUGUGACUCUGAAUGCUGCAUCUGUUCUGGGGUUGAGAAAAAAAAAAUAGAAA